GAAAAUACAGUUGCUGUAGGUGAUGCAGUUUGUGCUGACCUGUCACAUUCAACUUCGCUGUUCUUUGGUGUAGGUCCCAGUGAUGCUUCUCCAGAUGAAGGGGUAGUAGAAGAUCUGCCUUUAAUAGAUGAGAAAGCUGUGGAGCAGCUAACUGAAGGAUUGAUUUCCCAUUAUCUCCCUGAUCUUCAACGAUCAAAAUCAGCACUGCAGGAACUUACACAGAACCAAGUGGUAUUACUAGAAACAUUAGAACAAGAAAUAUCCAAAUUCAAGGAGUGUAACUCCAUUCUUGAUAUCAAUGCUUUGUUUUCAGAAGCUAAACACUAUCACAACAAGUUAGUGAACAUUAGAAAUGAAAUGAUGAUGCUCCAUGAGAAGACAUCAAAGUUAAAAAAAAGAGCACUUAAGCUGCAACAAAAGAGGCAGAAGGAAGAACUAGAACGAGAGCAGCAACGUGAAAAGGAACUUGAAAGAGAGAAACAGUUAACAGCAAAACCUGCAAGGAGGACAUGAAAGCAGAGCAUGCAACAGCUUGUCCAAAUUAAUGGUUUCUGCAUUCUCUGGAAUUAAGACAGACUGAUUAAACUGUGCUAUAGCUGUUCCUAGCAGCAGUCUGCUCUGUGGUGUUAUAAAGUCCAGAAUGGUAAUAAUAGGGUUGGUAACAGUCACAUUUUUUUCAUUUCAGCCAUUCAAGUUGCCUUCUUUUGUAAUGCUAUGCAGUUUGAUAUUAUUGUAAUGUAAGUUAAUUUUUAUAUAUGUAUAUAUAGGAGAAGUUAGGCAUCAUAGUUUUAAAUACCUAUCCUUUUUUUUUUUUUUUUUUUAUCUGUUCUUCUGGUGUUUAGAAUUCUGAGAGAGAGCUGAUGACUGGCACACAUGUUCUUCAGACAAAAUGCAGAGUACUAGUUAAAGUUCAAGUCCCAUCACUGGACAUUAGUGACUGCCUGUU